GGCCCAAAUUGAAUAACGACUGAUGGAAGAACACCGCAGCAUUGGCUUGUGAUAAAGAAGAGGGAAACGCUACAAAUUUAAAAAAAUUCGCCAUUGAUUGGCAAAGCAAUGUGUCGCUUGUUUUAAAGGAAGAACUGUCUCGACUCUAGAUCAGAUCACCGCUAGUAGAGUCUUUACCUUUGGUUGGAGAAGAUGAAAAAGCCGAAUCGCCGAUCGAAGCGAAAAAGCACUGCCGAUUCCUCGUCAUCACCAGCCACUGGUGAUGAUAAGCCACAAGAGCAGCAGCAGCUUAAUGAGAAGAGAGUUGAUGAUUUGGAGAAAGAAAACGAAGCUCUUAAGAGGGUGAUCGAGGAACCGAAGCACAAGCUACCUAAUGUUUCACCCACUUCGGUUGAUGACCUUCGAAAGACGAAGGAAGAUGAUGAUUCUCAAAAGUUGCAUGUCCUGGAGAAACAGGUUAUGGAAAUGAAGAAGAGACUGGGCGGACGUUCCCAGCUUUCAGCACAAAAGCGAAACUCAUCACCAAAACAGAAAAAUGGUGAGGCAUGGGUCUUAACUCAGGAUGAAAUUCAGAGAUUAAAGGCUCAAAAGGUCCAUCUUCUUUGCAAGAUCAAGCUAGAGUCUGUGCAGUUCAGGCUGUCAAAGGCUUCGUUGGAGAAAGAAGUUCUUCAGCUUAAGAAAGAGCAAAGGAGGAAUAAUUAUGAAAUGCGUAAGCUGCUGGCUCUAAAUGAGAAACAGAAGCUGGUAUUGCAGCGAAAGACAGAAGAAGCUGCUAUGGCUACUAAACGGCUAAAAGAGCUAAUAGAAUCACGAAAGGCUUCCUCUCACAAAACUUCUGGUUCUAAAAGCGGCAGCGGUUCUCGAAUUCAGGCAAUAGAGCUGGAGCUCAAAAUUGCAGCAAGGGUGGAGGAAAUACGCUCUGAAUAUGACCGUCAAAUGGAAGAGAUGGCUGAUGAGGUUAGAAAGUUCGAGGAAGAAGCAGAAACACUAAGGCAAGAAAAUUUUAGGUACCUGUUACAGGAAAAAGAAGUUGACAGCAAAGUGAGGGAUUCAGAGCUGAGAGACCUGAAGGAAGAAGUAGUCAGGCUAAGUAAUUUGAUUAAUCAACUGGGAAUGCCAAAGGCACAAGUUCAUGCAAAGAAGCAAGACGUGGAUCUCGUUAGAUCUUCUGUUUCUGUUGGAAGCAGUAUUGAGUUUAUGGACACGCCUGAAUCUGAAUGUUCUGGAGGAAGUAAUGCUAUGUCGGGGAAAUUUACACCAAGGGUGUGCUGUUCUUGCAGUAAAAAAUCCCUGUGCAAGACAUCAAAAUGCGAAUGUCGGGCUGCAGCUAGCGGCUGUGGGACAGGAUGUGGUUGUGCGGCCUCUAAGUGCAGUAACAGAGGAGUUCUCUCUAUCAAGGUGGAUGACUCGCUGCAACAAAAGGUGGCUAGUGACUUGGUGCAUGUUGCAGACACCUCAGAAACUGAGAAAGCCAUUGUCACUUCUCAAUCUGCUGAGGUUAACAAUGAUUGUGCACGGAUAAGGAAGCCUUUGUCUGAAAUUGGAAAUACUCUUGUCAUUUCCAGUCCUAUAAAACCUGACCAGAAAAUGAGAGAGAACAAAACAGUCACCCAGGUUGAUAUUGUAGAUCCUUCUUUCUCAGUGCUUGAAAUUGCUGAAGGCCCAAAAAAAGCAGACAAAGCUUCUCUGGCAGAUAUUCCUACAAGGUUAACCAGGGCCAAGCGAUCAGUAGUCCCAAAAACAGAUACUUAAACAGAGAAGGACGUGCUUAAUAAAUUUGUUUUAAAACACCUGGUGUGCCUGCUCUAAGAAAUUCAGUUCUACAGUUUAAAACAUUAAAUGAGAAUAGUGGCUUUUACGUUGAAUGUUGAGAUGUAUAGAGCUCACCAAGAACUGAAAGUUGAGAUAAUAGGGAUACAACAGGAGGAAUUGUUUCAAGUGUGAGAUUGGGGACCCCUUUAUAAGAAUUAUUUUUGGUUUGAGAUGGAGAGAUGGCAAGUGGAUGCCAAUAAAAAAAAUGGUGCACUACAAUUGAAGUUCCAUGCUUUUA